AUGAUCACUGCCGCACAACCAACAUUGUCAACAACAUCUAUGAAGAGAAACACUGUAGAUAUCGUGACUGAAACAGACCAAGCUGUGGAGAAAUUCAUCCACCAAACGCUUCAAGAACACUUCCCCACGUUCGCCUUCAUCGGCGAAGAGACUUAUAAAAACGGAGACACACUCACCCACGAACCAACAUUCAUUGUGGAUCCAAUUGAUGGCACGUCUAACUUCGUACAUGGGUUUCCCGCUGUUUGCGUGUCUAUAGCCCUCGUGAUUGAUAGACAACCUACUAUUGGAGUUGUUUACAGCCCGUUCCAGGACGAGCUUUGGACCGCUGUGCGAGGCGGAGGAGCAUUCGUCACACAAGGCAGCGGAUCACCAACGAGAUUGCCGUUGAGGUCACCACCUCUAGAGAGUCUGCAAACAGCAAGCAUUGGUUUAGAAUGGGGCAGCGACCGAGAAGGUCCCAACUUUGAUUUGAACCUGAAGGUAUUCACAACCUUGGCCAGGACAGUCGCCACAGGAGGGCGCUUUGUUAAUUCUCUCCGUUUCAUUGGCUCGGCAGCUAUCGCAAUUUGCCGUGUUGCCGCAGGGCAGCAGGAUGCAUUCUGGGAAUGUGGCUGCUGGGCAUGGGACGUAGCAGCUGCUUGGUGUAUUUUGUUGGAGGCUGGGGGUAUUAUGGUGGAUGGACAUCCCGGCAACAUGAACCCGCCUUUGGACAAUAGACGAUAUCUUGCUGUCAGGCCGUCAAUGCGUGGCCAGAGGGAAUGGGUCGCUUAUAUCGUUCCAGUCAAAGGUGUCCUCCACAGAGCCCUUGAAAGCAGUAUAGUCGAAGAGACCGUUCCACCGCUCGAAGGAAGCAGAGUUGAAGCAGUCAAUGCGGUGCGAUGCGCCUGGCCAGCAGCGACCUUUGAUGAUGUCCCCGUCUCUACCAUUCCUGUUGUUGAAGUCGGCGUCGAUGGUAACGACGAGCUUAUGGCUAAGCCCGUCGGGCUACUUUCCCACGCUAAUUAG